AUGAUAUCGGGUCUGAAGAACACAACAUCAUCAUGGUUCGAAGCCUAUGCAGCCCUCUCCACAUCCAUCAUGAUCUUACAAACCGCCAUCAAUCAACUUCUACCGCUGCGUCUUCGAACAUUCGUCUUCUCAAUAUUAAAGCGCUUCCUCUCUCGUCUCAUCGCCUCUUGUGUCACGCUCACCAUCGAUGAGUCCUGGGAUAACUGUCGUAACCAACUCUAUGUUGCUGCCAAAGAAUACCUGCAUUCUAAGAUUACUCAUGCAAACAAGAAUCUUAGAGUGGGCAACUUAGUGAGGGGUGAGAUAGCAAUGGCAAUCCAAGAUGGAGAAGCUGUUGAAGAUGUCUUUGACAAAAUCAAGGUUAACUGGAGAUUUUGCGUUAAGGAAGAUGAGCUUGGUCGGCAACAAAAUCAGAAUAAUCCGCCAAAAUUGAAGGGCAUGUACGUGCUAACUUUCUCUGAAAAGGAUAGGAAGAAAGUCAUGGAUUCUUACUUGCCUCAUGUCUUAAGCACAUACAAGGCCAUCAAAGAGGGAAGGAAGACGAUGAGUAUCUACAAUAGGAUUAAUAAUAACAGAUCAUGGACACCAUUGGCUCUAAACCAUCCAUCCACAUUCGACACACUCGCCAUUGAACCUGAGUUGAAGAAGGGUAUUAUCAAUGACCUUGAUCGGUUCCUAAGGCGGAAGGAUUUCUACAAAAAGAUUGGCAAGCCAUGGAAGCGUGGUUAUUUAUUGUAUGGCCCUCCUGGAACUGGAAAAUCGAGUAUGAUCGCAGCUAUGGCGAAUUACUUGAAGUUUGAUGUCUACAAUUUGGACCUCGCCACUUUUUCCUCUGAUUCUGAACUGAUGAGUGCCUUGCGUGAAACGUCGAGUCGUUCCCUAAUUGUUGUUGAGGACAUAGACUGCAACAAAGUGGUCCAUGAUCGAUCAAAAGCGGUUAAUGUAGAUCCCAUGUUCUUGAAGGUGACACUCUCAGGGAUACUAAAUGCCAUGGAUGGUUUGUGGUCAGGUAACGGGGACGAGCGAAUCAUAGUGUUUACUACAAACCACAAAGAGCGACUAGAUCCUGCAUUGUUACGUCCUGGUCGAAUGGACAUGCACAUUUACUUGUCGUUCUGCACUUUUAAUGGGUUCCGAAUCUUAGCCUCCAAUUAUCUAGACGUGCAAAGCCACCCUUCCUUUGAACAGGUUGAAAGCUUGCUAGAGAAAGUAGAGGUGACUCCUGCAACAAUAGCAGAAGAAUUAUUGAAGAGCGACGAUGCUGAUGUUGUUCUUGGAGGACUUGUUGAGUUCCUUGAGCAAAAGGAGAUGGGAGGCGUUAAAAAGGAAGGAUGA